CACACAGAUGCGCUGAGCCAUAAAUGAGGGCCACAGUCCACAGUCCUGAUUAGGAUUUAUAAUGCAGGUAAUAUAUAAAGCCCUGCUACCUACUUCCCCCAGGUUCUCAGAGCACAGGAAGUGUGUGAGUGUGUGUGUGUGUGUGUGUGUGUGUGUGAGUGGUGUUUGGACAAACGAGCCUGCAUUAAAAGGAUAUACGCUCAGUGAGGAGUAAAAGGAGAGACAACAGGAAACAUGGCAGGUGAGUCAGCCAGGUGAUGAUCUCCAACACUCGAGUGUGUUAUUUGAUCUUGUGGGUUUUGUAUAGAAGAUCGAAUCUGAACACACUUUGUCAUAUGCUUUAUAGACAAAGAGCAGGGAAAAGAGCAGAAAACCAAAUCCAAGGUAAAAACAUUUCAAACAUAAAAUCUAUACAGUGCACACAGUGAUGCCUUGAAAAUGAUUCUUUAUUAUUAUUAUUAUUAUUAUGAUUAUUAUUUUGUAUUUUCAUUUUUUUUCCAGGAGUGCUGUGGAUACCCUCUCAGCAUCUUCUUCAUCGUCGUGAACGAGUUCUGCGAACGAUUUUCCUACUAUGGCAUGCGAACUGUGUUGGUGCUGUAUUUCCGUUACUUCCUGCGUUGGGAUGAUGACUUGGCCACCACCAUCUACCACACCUUCGUAGCUCUGUGCUACCUCACACCCAUCCUGGGAGCCAUCAUCGCCGACUCCUGGCUGGGGAAGUUUAAGACCAUAGUGUAUCUCUCCAUUGUGUACACUAUUGGACAGGCAGUCAUGGCCGUCAGCGCCAUCCACGACAUCACAGACGAGAACCAUGAUGGUUCUCCUGACAACAUGACCCUCCAUGUGGCUUUGUCCAUGGUGGGUUUGCUUCUUAUUGCUUUUGGGACUGGAGGCAUCAAACCCUGUGUUGCUGCUUUCGGAGGGGAUCAGUUCGAGGACCAUCAGGAGAAACAGAGGAGCACCUUCUUCUCCAUCUUCUACCUCUCCAUUAAUGCAGGCAGUCUGCUCUCUACCGUCAUCACACCCAUCCUCAGAGCUCAGGAAUGUGGCAUCAACUCCCAGCAGAAAUGUUAUCCGCUGGCGUUCGGCGUUCCCGCGGCUCUCAUGGCCGUCGCUCUCUUGGUGUUCAUUUUGGGCAGCAGCAUGUACGUCAAAGCGGCACCCAAAGGCAACAUCAUGCUGGAGGUGUGCAAGUGCAUUGGGUUUGCCAUCAAGAAUCGUUUCAAGCACCGCAGCAGCUCUUACCCCAAGAGGGAGCACUGGAUGGACUGGGCUGAAGAGAAAUACGACAAACUGCUUAUAGCCCAGGUGAAGAUGGUGGUGAAGGUUCUCUUCCUCUACAUCCCACUGCCCAUGUUCUGGGCUCUGUUUGACCAGCAGGGGUCUCGCUGGACUCUGCAGGCCACCACCAUGAAUGGCAACUUUGGUUUCUUCACCGUGCAGCCGGAUCAGAUGCAGACUGUGAACCCCAUUCUAAUCCUGGCGAUGGUCCCCGUGGUGGACAACCUUAUCUACCCUCUCAUCAAGAAAUGUGGUCUGAACUUCACGCCUCUGAAAAAGAUGACCACAGGUAUGUUCUUGGCGGCGUUGGCAUUUGUGGCUGCGGCACUGGUGCAGAUUCAGAUCGAUCAAACUCUUCCCUCGUUCCCCUCGGCAUCUGAAGCCCAGGUGAAGCUCUUGAACCUGGAGAACAGCACAUUGAGUAUUUCUUUGAAUGGACAGUCGGAGGAAAUUCCGGCAUUCCAGUCCUAUGGCUACACGACCCUGAAUACAGACACAAUGGAAUUAUCGUUUGGAAACCAAUCUCAGUCUUAUGACCUACUGAAAGGAGAUCGUCAAACGUUCCUGCUCACAGCAACAAGAGUCGAGGCACGGUCAGAAGAUUCAAACACUAAACCAGAACAAGGCAGUAACGAAAUCAGAUUUGUAAACGGUUAUGGUUCGGUGCUGAACGUGAAGUCGGGAUCGAAAGACAUAGGAAACGUGGGUCACUUCGAGUUCUCCAAUUACACACAGUUCCCAGAGGGCACAACCACGUUUAUCAUAUCGGAUCAGGCCACAAGAGGGUUGUGCCAGUACUCCAUAAACUUGGGUUUUGGAAGCUCCUACACACUGUUCAUACCGAGCACAUUCAACUUCGGGAAUGAAUGUGCAAGCACCAUCAAACAGUUCGAAGACAUCAAGCCGAACACCAUCCACAUGGCCUGGCAGAUCCCUCAGUACUUCCUCAUGACGUGUGGAGAGGUGGUGUUCUCCGUCACCGGUCUCGAGUUCUCCUAUUCACAGGCUCCUAAGAACAUGAAGUCGGUUCUUCAAGCUGGUUGGCUGCUGACCACCGCCAUGGGGAACAUCAUCGUCCUGAUUGUAGCUGAAGUAGGACAACUUCCUGAGCAGUGGGCCGAAUACGUGCUGUUCGCGUCACUCUUGCUGUGCGUGUGCAUCAUCUUCUCCGGCAUGGCUCACUACUACACCUACAUCGACCCGGCCGAGAUCGAGGAGCAGUUUUCCGAGUACGACCCCGACGACAAGAACAGGAAGCAGCUGGAGAUGAAUACGGACGCCGUGUGCACCUCAGACAACGAGAAAACGAAUCCGAACGAAAUCAAACAGACCAAGAUCUGAUCACGACACACACCGACACACACACACACGUUCCUAAUGCUGCAGAAAAAAUCAAUAUAUAUAUAUAUAUAUAGAACUUUUAAAAUCCCCUGAGGAGCCAGGAUCGUUUUAAGCAGUGGUUUAAGGACCAGUCCAAUGGAUGAGUAGGACUGCUGAAGGUGGUGGAGAGCAGAUCCGUGUCCAUUUAGUGAGAAGAUGGCGAGCGAUCGAGCUGUCAAAUUACCAAGAAAAAAAAAGGGGGUGGAGCAACUCACGUUUUCGGAUCGAACUCCCAAAGUGAUUUAAAUGUAAUAUUAUGCAUUUUUCCACAGAUCUUUAUGCAUGUUGGAAGGAUAAAAAGAAAAGAUUUCAUCCUGAAGAAAUCGAACCUAAUUUAAUAUUCGUAUUUAAAGUAUCUGGGUGUAUAUUUUGUAGCCGUCAGUUUUUGUAUAUAAAGUUAACGUUAAUGCGUCAGUGUAAAGCUAACAAAUCCCUGAUUGAGCGUCGAUCGAGCGAAUACUAUUAUAAACACCUUUCUUUCAUUUACUCAUCUACAGGUACUUCCGUCGAAAGACUGACCCUUAAAAAAUAAAAGAAAAUGUAUUUUCCA